GCGGCGGCUCAGGGCACCGGGGCCUUUUGUUUGGAGCGGCGGCGGGGGCCCCGGAGCGGCGAGGCCGGCGGCCUGCCCCUGCUUGCUCGGUCCCUGCCGCCCCUCGCGGGGGUAGGGGGCCGCCCCCUGGGCCGGGCCUAGCUUUAGGCGCCGCCGCCCCGCCCUUAGCCCGCCCAGCCCGGCCUGAGGGGAGGAACCGGCCCGGCCUCCCCGCUUGCCCCAGAGCCUCCUCUGGAGUCGCAGCUACAGCCCUCCGCGCGCCGGACCAGAGGCUACCCCUCGCCCCUCAGGCAGACGCCAUGAAGAUCAAGGAUGCCAAGAAACCCUCUUUCCCAUGGUUUGGCAUGGACAUCGGUGGAACUCUGGUAAAGCUAUCAUAUUUUGAACCUAUUGAUAUCACAGCAGAGGAAGAACAAGAAGAAGUUGAGAGCUUAAAAAGUAUCCGGAAAUAUUUGACUUCUAAUGUGGCAUAUGGAUCCACUGGUAUUCGGGAUGUGCACCUUGAACUGAAAGAUUUAACACUUUUUGGCCGGAGAGGGAACUUGCACUUUAUCAGAUUUCCAACCCAGGACCUGCCUACUUUUAUACAAAUGGGAAGAGAUAAAAACUUCUCAACAUUACACACGGUGCUAUGUGCUACAGGAGGUGGUGCUUACAAGUUUGAAGAAGAUUUCCGCACAAUUGGAAACCUCCACCUGCACAAGCUGGAUGAACUUGACUGCCUUGUGAAGGGCUUGCUGUAUAUAGAUUCUGUCAGUUUCAAUGGACAAGCAGAGUGCUAUUAUUUUGCCAAUGCCUCAGAACCUGAGAGGUGCCAAAAGAUGCCUUUUAACCUGGAUGAUCCCUAUCCGCUCCUGGUAGUGAACAUUGGUUCGGGAGUCAGUAUUUUAGCAGUCCAUUCCAAAGACAGCUAUAAACGAGUAACCGGAACAAGCCUUGGAGGGGGUACCUUUCUGGGUUUAUGUAGCUUGUUGACUGGCUGUGAAAGUUUUGAAGAGGCUCUUGAAAUGGCAUCGAAAGGUGACAGCACACAAGCUGACAAACUCGUCCGUGAUAUUUACGGGGGAGAUUAUGAAAGAUUUGGUCUGCCUGGUUGGGCUGUUGCAUCUAGUUUUGGGAAUAUGAUAUAUAAGGAGAAGCGAGAAUCUGUUAGUAAAGAAGAUCUAGCAAGAGCUACUUUAGUUACUAUCACCAAUAACAUUGGUUCUAUAGCACGAAUGUGUGCUGUUAAUGAGAAAAUAAACAGAGUUGUCUUUGUUGGAAACUUUUUGCGUGUCAAUACUCUCUCAAUGAAACUUUUGGCAUAUGCACUGGAUUAUUGGUCAAAGGGUCAGCUGAAAGCAUUAUUUCUGGAGCAUGAGGGAUAUUUUGGAGCCGUCGGUGCACUUCUUGGUCUGCCAAAUUUCAGCUAAAGUAUCAGGUUUAUCUCUGCUAAUGUCAUUCAAGAGGAACUGAAAACCAGAGGCAUUAUUACUGAGUUAUUUUUCACUGGGAACCAAAGGAUAAAAGAGUAGCACUCCUCCUGUUGAUUUUUAAAUGUCAGAAUGGUAAGCUGCUAAAUGUUGCCAUGUUAUAAAGAGAGCUCCAGUAACAUGAAAUAUUUCUAAUUGGAUUGCUUUUCUUUCUGUAUAUAGCCAGUGUUAAAUCCUUAAAUGCAAUACAGCCUCUGAUGAUUGAGCUUCCUCUCAAAAAGACUUUAUUUUAUGUAGCCAGCAUUGCAGUCCUGUAUGUUCAAAGAUGAAUCUUAAAGUCUCAGAAAUGUUUCGCUCAUGAAAAUAAUUGAUUCUGAAUGUUUGUUACAAGUCUGUUCUGUGUGUGUUUUGGUUACUAAUACAUGGAUAGUAACAUACCCUGUGUGGAAACUUAUUGAAAUGGCAAUUAAAGAUAAUCAUUUUUAUGUGAUUUUAGAAAUGUUAAGGAAAUAUUAAUUUUUCAUUAUUGUUUUCCAGACAUAUCUUCUCCCAAAAAGUGUGUUUAUGUGAUCUACCCCCAGAAGUAUAACCUCUUUCAAAUGCCAUAAUUUAAUUGAAAUACUGUUGUUAAACAUUACCCGGAAUUUCAGGGUGAACCCUAGGAAAUGCACAUAAUUGGCAAUACUGCAUUUUUUGUAUUUUGAGUUUAUCAGUACAUUUUAAAAUGUUUUUUAAUUGGAGGCUUAAUUACUUACUUGAAAAUCUGUUUGUUGAGGUUCCAGGAUGAUUCAAAUGGGUUGUAGUUUAUGUGUAUUGGUAGGGUUCUGUUCUCUUUCUACACCACAUCUAUCUUAGGCCCAGAGUUAGUUAGCCAUUUCUAUUUAAUUAGUUCUGAAGCAUCAAAGCUAAAGACUUUCUUUUAUGAACAGCAACAAAACAUUUAUUCUGAACGGAUAUUAUGGAAAUCUAAAGGACAAAUGGUUUUGAAACUGGGAAUCUGAGGCAUUAUUGCAGAAUUAUGAAAGGAUCAUUGUAUAUUCUGGUAAUAAAAACAUUAUAGUUCCAAAAUUUGUAUAUCCUUUUGCCUUGGAAUUCUCUAUUUUGAAGUCAUUAUAAAUAAUGUUAUAAAUUUUUUCAGAUGUUUACUUUUGCAAUAACAUUUUGGAGGUCCAAUAAUAGUUCAGCGAAGUUUUCUGAGACUGUUAGUGAUGAUUUAGGUAGUUGAAAGACUUGGGAAAAUUGGGAAAAAAAUAAUUCACUUCCUUAAAUUACAUCUGGAUGUAAUCUGGAUAUAUUUUGAAAAUCUGGAUGUACUUUGAAGAGCUUAAAACUUGUUUACAGAAAGAAAGAAGUAUUACGAUGUGUACAGUUUUGCUCCGAAAAGAACAAUUUUCAGUUCGCUCUCAAGAGCUGCUUGAUAAAGGUAUUUCUCAAGUUUUGCACUCAAAUACUUAAACUUCAGUUUUCCUUUAUCUGUAGACAUGAACAUGUGAGUAAUAGAAGUAAUGUUCAGAGGGGAAAGCAUGUGAAAGUAAUUUUUUAGAAUUUAGAAUAUUUGGAACUUUGAAUUCAUUUCAGUCCGUGGUCAUUUUGAAAAUCUACAAUGAUUAAACAUUUUCUACUUAAAUAAGUUUCCAUUUUGUGACUAGAUAUUUCAGCCCAAAGCUGUCUGUUUAUUUUAGAAUUUUGUGAUUUGGGCAUCUGUACAAAAAGACUUUGCUUUUAAAUAAUAGCUUUAAGUUUUACACUUGUGACAAACUGUAUGUUAGCAAUUACAGGUUUGGGGCCGUCUUUAAAAAGGAAAUAGAAUGGUAAAAUUAUAUAAAAUUUAAUUUGAUCAAUACUUUGGUUAAUUUGGAACUAUGAUUCAUACUUUCUGUGUUUUGAACCUGAAGCUCUGCCUGCUAAAAUGCAUAUAAAGUGAAUGACUUGGCUUUUCUCUUGUACAGUCUAGGAUGACUGGAAUAACUAAUAAGUAUUUCUUAUAAGAACAUAGAGUUGUGAUGAAGGCUGCCAAGAUUCAAGUUUUUUAUUACGAUCCCAGGAAAAUGCUUGUAAGCAUAUAGUGGUAAAUAGGUUUGGUUCUAAUCCCAGUCAGCUUAAUGCUUCAGAGCUCUUAAGUACUUGAACAGUGCUGUCUAAUAGAAAUCAAUAUGAGAAAUCAAUGUCAUUUUGUGUUUUCUAAUAGGCACAUUUGAAAAAUAAAAAGAAACAGAUGAAAUUCUUUUAAAUUACAUAUUUUUAUUUAAUGCAGUGUAUGUUACCAUUUCAACAUGUAAUACAUUAAAAAAGUUAUGUAGGAGUUUUUUAAAGGGUUAUUGCUACUUAGUGUUCAAAGUCAGCGUGUACUUCACACUUACAACACAACUCAAUUUAGACUAACCCAUUUCAAGCUUUCAGUAACCACAUUUGAGUAGUGGUUACUGUACUAGUGUAGUUUCUGGAACUAGUUCUUAAAACUGUGAAUAUGGGAACCUAAUUUUUUAAAAACAAAAAGAGGGAAAAGAAGUACCUUGUUUGGCCUAGUUUAUUUUACUCAGGCUGUAUUUCUGACCAUUCUAAAAAUUAUCUUACAUUGUGUUCUGCCAUCUCGUUAUAGUAUGUAACAUUCUUCUAAUGAUACUAAUAAAAUUGCCCAAGACACAUGCUGACCAUCCUCAUCAGUCUAUCAAAAUGUGUAUUUCCUUCACUUAAGUAAAUGUUUAAGACUAAGUAAAUGUUUAAGACAUUCCAGUGUCUUAAACUCCCCCAACCCCCACCCCGGACAUCUUGUCUAACUGAACUCUGAGAAGUCUAAAGGACUAAAAAGAGACCCUUUUAAUUCUUCAUUGAGUUCCGUACACACAAAGAGAAUCACUUUUGUAUUUGAUUUUCACUUUUAAACCCCAGCAAUAACAUUUUCAAAUGCAGGGAGCACUGUCUGUUUUGGGGCUGGGUAAAGAGCCCAAGGUCUUGAACCUUACACCACCACUACCACCAUCCCUUCCCACAGAUUACCUUUUAACUAGACUUGGAGAAUUAAUGGUCUUCUGUUCUACACCCUAACUUCUCCCAAGACAGCGUACUUGUAGACCUCUUUGUUUCUUGAAAUGGGUAUCCCCUAGUCAGCUACUGUAGUUUAAAUAGGUGGACUCUUAGUUUAGAUGAAGUUAGUGCCAUCAUCAGUGAUAUAUAUUUUGUCUUGAUAGUCCUUCUAGAAGUUCAGAUUGUUUGCCAGAUGUUAGACUUUAUAAAGAUAACUGAGUUUUUUACCUUGGUGUGCAAAUGUGUUUGUUGUAUUUUAAGCACCAGUUCCUAAAAGACCAUUUCUGUAAGAAAAAUGAUGUAGCUCUAAGGGAAGAGAUGUCUUCUGUGUCCAGCGGUACUCUUGCCUUCUAAGAUCAGUCCACCACAUCUUGCCUUGAUUUCUAAGAUUACAUUCUUGGGUGGAAAGCUUAGCGAGGCAGUAGUUUCCAAAUGUCCUUUAUAACCACUCUGCUGAUUAUAUGCAAAGUUUUUUAUAUCUUGUUUAUUUUUUUUCUUUUGAGCACUUUAUGCUUUUUAGUCUGUUGCAUUUGAGAGUGGUUUAGAAAUUUUUUCUCUUCUAAAAGCCAUGUAAAAACUGAUAAAGGAUAAUCACUAGAAAAAUGAGUAUGUGUUAUUUUGUAUUUAACUUAUUUGUUUUGUGGUAUGUAUAAGCAAGAUAUUAGAAAUGUACUGCAUUUUUGUAAUAAUACUUUUUGACCUUAAUUUAACAUGA